AUGGAGACUGGUCUAAGCGAGAUCGGAAGCACGAAGAUGUUCGAUGGCUUCAACAAAAGAUACAAACAUUACAGUCCGACACUAGGAUGUUCCAUGACUUUCUCUGUCUACUUCCCUCCUUCUUCCUCAUCUUCCGGUAAAUUCCCUGUGCUUUACUGGCUUUCUGGUCUCACUUGCACAGACGAGAACUUCAUGAUCAAAUCCGGAGCUCAACGUGCUGCUUCUACUCACGGCAUUGCUCUUGUUGCUCCAGAUACUUCUCCAAGGGGACUAAAUAUCGAAGGGGAAGCAGACAAUUACGAUCUCGGUGUAGGAGCUGGAUUCUACCUAAAUGCUACUCAGGAAAAGUGGAAGAACUGGCGUAUGUAUGACUAUGUUGUCAAAGAGUUGCCAAAGCUCCUGAGUGAAAACUUUUCUCAGCUUGACACAACAAGGGCAUCUAUCUCUGGACAUUCCAUGGGUGGCCAUGGAGCUCUUACUAUUUACUUGAAGAACCUCGAUAAGUAUAAGUCUGUGUCUGCGUUUGCACCAAUUGCCAAUCCCGUCAAUUGCCCGUGGGGAGAGAAAGCAUUCACCAAUUAUCUAGGUGACAACAAGGCUGCUUGGGAGGAAUACGAUGCCACUUGCCUGAUUUCCAAGUUCAACAAUUUGUCUGCCACAAUUCUAAUUGAUCAGGGAGAGAACGACGAGUUCUAUCCUGAUCAGUUAUUGCCAAACAAGUUUGAGGAGGCAUGCAAGAAAGCGAACGCGCCGCUCUUAGUGCGUAUGCAGCCAGGAUACGACCACUCCUACUACUUUAUUGCCACCUUCAUCGAAGACCACAUCAGUCACCAUGCUCAAGCCCUCAAGCUUAAGCUCUAA